AUGUUGUAUGUCAUUAAAGACGAGCACAACACGGUUUACAGUGUCCAAUACAAGCUCGCUGAUUUUAGUGCAGCGUGUAGUUGCAAGUUAUUCCUGAAAAUGGGUUUAGUUUGCAGGCAUAUAAUUUUGGUUUUCAAAGAUGCCCAAUUACAGACCCUGCCACCCCAAUAUGUGGUUGGUAGAUGGUGCAAACACAGCAAUGCCGCGCGAUGUAGUGAAUUGGCUGCCGUGAGCAGUUCCAACGGGUCGCGUAUAAACUUAUUGUGGGGCGAGAUCAACACGUGCGUGGGAAUGGUGGGUAGCAACGAUGGGCGACACACCCGUUUGUUACAAGUAAUGAAAGAUCUGACAGCUGAAUUCCUAAAUGAUGGGUCGGGCAGUGAUAUGGUAAAGGGCAACACCGCUGCUAUUGCGACAUUGUGUGGUGUUAGUCCUCCGCAGAAUAUAUCCAUCAAACCCCCAGCACAGGCAAAGAACAAAGGCAGCGGGAAACGUAUCAAAAGCAAGCGAGAGUUAGCUAUGGAGGCUAGGGCACGGGGCGAGCGUAAGUGCGUGGCAUGUGGUUUAUAUGGGCGUCAUGACAGUCGAAAUUGUGUUAUUGUCCCACGUGUUCGAACCGAUAAAAAGGCCGCCUCUAAACGAAGGUCCAAACAAUAA